ACAGAACCCCUUAGCCAGUGAGGAAGUAAGUUGAGAGCCUUCAUCUCACAGACUUUCGUGGAUGGCCGUUGAUGUUUUGCACACGAGUGUCCAUGAGCCUGUGUCCCCAGACACACACUCCUGCCCAUACUCAGGUGCACAGAAAGACAAGCACACAGCUCAUCCCCCUCUCCAACUCUCAGUUGUCAUUGGAUGACAUCAGCAAAACCACACACAAAUACAUGCCGAUCACAAUACUCCUCUGAGAUAUCAUAAGCCCCAUUUUACAGCAGGGCAAACUGAGGCUAGGAGACUUUAAAUAAUAUGUCACUCAUUCUGGUCUACUCCUCCAACUCUCAACCCUUGUAUUUGUCUGAUUAGCUGACAAUAAUAGUAUUCGUGCUGGUUCCCCCAGCAGCCUCCCUCAGGGAAGGCUCUUAUUUCCCUAUUUCCCUCGAAUGCACCCAUUCCUCCGCAUAGGGUCUAACCAUUUGCCCAUUCACCAGAGGAAUCGAGUUUUGAUGGACAGAUUCCUAGACCAAUAGAGAAACUAAGUGAACUGUACCGAUGCGGCCACGGCUUGGGCGGGACUAAGGCUGGGAACGAGCCACCGAUUGGUCAAGAGCUACGCGGCGAAUGGCGGAGACGCUGAGGAGGGUGCUAACCAGGGGCGGUGCGGUCUGGUCCGGGGAGAACACGCCUGCCGCCGGACCGCCUUUGCUGCUGCUCGGUACACCAGGAUCUGGAAAAACAGCGCUGCUAUUUGCUGCGGCCCUAGAGGCGGCGGGGGAGGGCCAAGGCCCAGUCCUCUUCCUGACACGAAGCCCUCUUCAAAGCAUGCCCCGCGGGACCGGAACGACUCUAGACCCAAUGCGACUCCAGAAGAUCCGCUUCCAGUACCCACCCUCAACCCGAGAGCUUUUCCGGCUCCUGUGCUCUGCCCAUGAGGCCCCGGGGCCAGCCCCCUCCCUUCUGCUGCUCGACGGCCUAGAAGAGUACCUAGCGGAAGACCCAGAGCCCCAGGAAGCCGCCUACCUCAUUGCCUUACUUCUAGACACAGCUGCCCACUUCAGCCACCGGCUUGGGCCUGGCCGGGACUGUGGGCUCAUGGUGGCCCUCCAGACCCAGGAGGAGGCAGAUAGUGGGGACGUCCUGCACCUGGCACUGCUCCAGCGGUAUUUUCCUGCCCAGUGCUGGCUGCAGCCAGAUGCACCAGGUCCAGGAGAGCACGGCCUCCGAGCCUGCCUGGAGCCAGGCGGGCUGGGCCCCAGAACAGAGUGGUGGGUGACUUUCCGAUCAGAUGGAGAAAUGAUGAUCGCUCCGUGGCCCACCCAGGCUGGUGACCCCAGCUCAGGCAAGGGUUCAAGCUCUGGAGGCCAGCCCUGAGCUUUGGUGGGUGACUACCUCUCUGUGCUUCAGUUUCCCAUGGCUGGAAUACUUACCUGAGGGACAUAUGCAGAUCCAAAGACCUAAACAAUAUAAAGUGCUUUUUCUCUUUUAAAAGUAUAGCAUUAUCUUGUAUAUAUUGUACCCAAUCAAUAUGUUGUUUAGUUUUGUUGCUUUAAACUUUAUAAAAAGAGCUUCAGGCCAGGCAUGGUGGCUCACGCCUGUAAUCCCAGCAUUUUGGGAGACUGAGGCGGUCAGAUCACCAGAGGUCAGGAGUUGGAGACCAGCCUGCCCAACAUGAUGAAAUCCUGAUCAACUAAAAGUACAAAAAAAUUAGCUGGGUGUGGUGGCAGGUGCCUGUAGUCCCAGCUACUCGGGAGGCUUAGGCAGGAGAAUUGCUUGAACCCAGGAAGCGGAGGUUGCAGUGAGCCGAGAUUGUGCCACUACACUCCAGCCUGGGCGACAAAGCGAGACUCCAUCUCAAAAAAAAAAAAAAGUUUCAUGAUAAACAUAAUCUUCUGAGACUUCCUUCUUUUUGCACUCAACGUUGUUACUAAGAUUCAUCUACAUUUUUUUAGUUCAUUCCUUUUUCCAUAUUGCAUAUAAUUCCAUGGGUGACUAUACCCUGAUUUCUUCAUCAGAUUGCCUUAUUUACUGCUGCAAACAUUCUUGCACACAUGCCCUGGUACGUGUGUGUGUUUUUAGGGGCCGAGACAGGUGGAUAACCUGAGGUCAGGAGUUCGACGUCAGCCCGGCCUACGUGGUGAAACCCUGUCUCUACUAAAAAUACAAAAUUUAGCCAGGCGUGGUGGCAUGCACCUGUAAUCCCAGCUACUUGGGAGGCUGAGACAGGAGAAUUGCUUGAACCCGGGAGGCAGAGGUUGCAGUGAGCUGAGAUCGAGCCACUGCACUCCGGCCUGGGUGAUGGAGACGAGACUCCGUCUCAAAAAAAAAAAAAAAAAAAAAAAAAAAAUCAGUCAGGCUUGGUGUUGCACGCCAGUAGUCCCAGCUACUUGAAAAGCUGAGAGGCAGGAUGAUCGCCUGAGCCCAGGAGGUCGAGGCUGCAGCGAACCAUGUUUGAGCUACUGGGCUCCAGCCUGUGCAACAGAGUGAGACCCUGUCUCAGAAAAAAAAAAAAGUAGUUAAAGCAAAACUCCCAUUGAGUUACUUGUUGACACCAAGUGUCAUCAGAGUACUUUCUUAGAACAUGGCCUGAUUCAGAAUUAUUGUUAUUAUUAUUAGUGGCAGACACAAGCUGGAGGCCCUUAAACAGCUUU